CGUUCAGAAAAUACAGUCUGGUUGUUGUCUCAAUCUGACUCUCUUUUGGUUGUUGUACCUCGAAUCUCUCUCUUCUCGACUCCAACUUUCAUACUCGCUUAAUUGUUCACCAUGACGAAGCCACAGGCAAAGGACUUGACUCAUUUAUUGUCGGCAGAAGCCGUUUCGAGAAAGAACUCGCCCUUGAAGUCAGCUUUCAAGUACUUCAAGGAGCCUGGAAUGACCUUUUUGGGUGGAGGGCUCCCAUUGGCUGAUUACUUCCCAUUUGAAAAAAUCACUGCUGAGGUGCCAACUCCUUCUUUCCCUAACGGAAUCGGUGCAAAAAUCACUGACGAAAACAAAACCGUUGUAGAAGUUUACAAGAGAGCCGCCGACAACAAGCCAGAAAACAAUGACGUCGAAUUGGCCAGGUCGUUGCAGUAUGGUUAUACAGAAGGUGCUCCAGAAAUCAUGGAAUUUCUUAAGGAACACACCGACUUGAUUCACAAGGUUCCAUACGAAGAUUGGGAUGCAGUCGCCUCAGUCGGUAACACUGAAUCGUGGGAAUCGACCUUGAGAACGUUUGUUACCAGAGGUGAUUCCAUCUUGGUUGAAGAAUACUCAUUCUCUUCUGCCUUGGAAACUGCUCAUGCUCAAGGUGUCAACACCAUUCCAGUACAAAUGGACGAAUACGGUCUCAUCCCCGAGGCCUUGUCGCAGUUGUUGGACCAGUGGGUUGGACCUAAACCAAAGUUGUUGUAUACCAUCUGUACCGGACAAAACCCUACUGGUUCGUGUUUGAGUGCUGAAAGAAGAAAGGCCAUCUACGAUUUGGCUGUCAAGCACGAUUUCAUCAUCAUUGAAGAUGAACCUUACUACUUUUUGCAAAUGGAAACUUACACUUCAGACAAGUCUUCUAGAGGUGGAAAACACGUCCAUGACCGUGAAGAAUUCAUUUCUGCCUUGGUUCCUUCUUUCCUUUCUCUUGAUGUAGAAGGUAGGGUUGUCAGAUUGGACUCGUUCUCAAAGGUUUUGGCUCCGGGUUUGAGAUUCGGCUGGAUCAUCGGCCAAUCUACGCUUUUGGAAAGAUACGUGAGAUUGCACGAAGUGUCUAUCCAAUGUCCUUCUGGUCUUACCCAGUCUUUGGUCAAUGGUUUGUUGCAAAGAUGGGGCCAAAAUGGAUACUUGGACUGGUUGAUUGGCUUGAGAGCUGAAUACACUCACAAGAGAGAUGUAGCCAUCGAUGCUGUAACUGAGUACUUCCCUAAGGAAAUCAUUUCCUACGUACCACCAGUGGCAGGUAUGUUCUUCACCGUAACCAUUGAUGCCAGUAAGCAUCCUAAGUUUGAUACUGAGUACGAAAAGGACCCAUUGAAGGUUGAAACUGCCAUCUACGAACAGUCUAUCAAGCAGGGAACCUUGAUGAUUCCAGGCUCCUGGUUCAAGUCCGAAGGAGAAUCCAACCCUCCACAAAAGCCAUUGGCAGAAAACCCAUCGCACAAGACUCACAUCUUUUUCAGAGGUACCUACGCUGCUGUGCCAUUGGAUGAAUUGCAAUUCGGAUUGAAAAAGUUCGGUAAGGCUCUUAAGAUUGAAUAUGGCCUAGAGUAGGUAUAUUAAAUAGAUAUAGAUAUGAUAAAAGUAUGAUAAAAAAAAGUAUG